CUCUAGCGGUUACUGAUAUUGAACCACAGCAGCAGUUUUCGAUACGUACGAAGGGAGAUACAUCUUAUGUUGCUUGCACGAGCUAUCAGAAUAGAUAUCAGUGGAGAGCAAAACGGGAAAACGGGAGGACAUGCUUGUGAACACUGGUGAUUGGCAGAACUGUUAUGGUAUCAAGUUGAAGCAGAUCAAACGUGUUGUUGGGAUAUAACAUGACCAUUUUUUAACGUAGAUCGGUUAAUAUGUAUUAUUUCAUGACGUUUAUUAUUGCAAAAGCCAGCAAAAAACAAUUCUAAGAAUGGAUACGCAUUUUGUGCAGUGGAAUACCGCCUAACUAAUAGAAAAUGUUUUAUCAUGCAUUAUUUUUACUAGCAAUUUGGAUGUUAAAUUGUUGUAUCCGCAAAUUUGAAAAUUAAUAAUCAAAUUGGAAAACAAUGUGUUAUUUAUUUGGAUCUUUCCAGUUAACGAGAUCCACUAUAAUUUCCGGUCUUAAUACACUGAUACAUUUGUUUUUGUUUUCAUACAAGCAUGGAAACGGCACAGUUGUGAUGUCAAAGGAAUCAAACGGAUAUUGAUGUAAUUUUAGGCGAUCACAACGUAAUGAAACCCAUCGAAGCAAUUGCUUUCGAUAAUCACUUUUCUUGUAAAGGAUUACAUCCACUUUUGUUUUUACAAUUUCCUCGAUACGCUACGUAUUUGGAGAUUUGUCUAGAUUGCGCCAGGAACAAACGAAGCACUUGAAGGUAUUCUUAAAGAUUAACAUGUACUACACAAGUCAUUGUCGAUAUGAUCCGCCAGGGAUUACAGCGAAUCAUCGAAUCUGAUGCCGCGUUUGAUGACAAUGGCCAACAUACUAAACACAGCGUCAUGUUUAGAUUAACAUUUAUCAGCGUGGUAUACCCUGUGUGAAAUUCGGUUUCAAGAUAUGGUCACAGUUUGUCUUUAAUGGCUAUGACAACGUUGAAUCGAAAGACACUUAACACUUUAGUUCAUAAGGAAAGGGUAAGGUUAUCUAGGAGCAGUGGGAAAGGGCCGGUGUUCGAUUACCUCUUGUCUACAACAGUGGAUACAAUCACAUCGACGGUUCCGAAAAUGACGCCAUUGUCAGGCCUUGUACCUGUUGACGCUACCAGUGUGAAGUACGGUAACAGAAUAGGUGGGUUUGAUGUAAAUCGCAAUGGGACUACACACAACGACUCAAUCAGUGCGGUGUCUGGUGUGGGUUUUGGCUUGCUAUCGGAUACAACGAACACUAGUUUUAGAUUCCCGGGUGACACAACGGACCCAAAUUUCAAUUUAAGUUCAUUUUUUGAUUGUGAUCCUGCAAAUGAAAGUUGGUGUAGCUUUGACAACAAUUCAACAAUGAACUCAACAGACGUCGGUGGUUUCAAUGAAGUGCAGCCACAGGCUUACUGGAACUUAUGUCUUCUCCUUUUUCCUGUGUUCACCGUUUUUGGAAAUAUACUUGUUGUGAUGAGUGUGUAUAGGGAACGAAGUUUAAGACAUGUGACUAAUUAUUUUAUAUGUUCACUCGCGGUCGCCGACAUACUGGUAGCAGUGAUUGUUAUGCCUCCGGCAGUAUUUGUUGAGGUGACGAAGAAUUGGAGUCUAAGUGACGAGUUGUGUGACGCCUGGGUCGCUUUUGAUGUCAUGGCAUGCACCGCCUCUAUCCUCAACCUCACCGCUAUAAGUGUAGACAGAUUUAUAGCAGUGACGCAACCCAUCAAGUAUGCCAAACACAAGAAUUCUAAGCGAGUUCACUUUAUGUUAGCUCUGACCUGGAUCGUUUCUAUAGCAAUAGCAGCACCCAUAGCCCUAGGAGUGAAUUACUCUGACGCCCGCGAAGCCGGGGUGUGUAGCUUUUUUAAUUCCGAUUUCCUCAUCUAUUCAUCGAUGGGUUCCUUCUAUAUCCCCUCGCUCAUCAUGAUAUUUUUGUAUUGGCGUAUAUACAGAGUGCUCCGCCUUCGAGCACAAAGAUCUUUAGCCAACAAAAAAGCUAGAUCGAUAGACACGCAGACAUUGACGAACGUUAUCGAGAACCAAGCGUUACGGGAACCGAACGACAAAACCGGACUUGCGAAAAUGGAUAAUGGAAAAGUAUCUACUUACAACACAACGGUGAAUAAUUGUACGAACACACAUCAUAUUCUCCAGACUCCAGAGACUAAUUUAGACGAUGCGUCCACGUCCAAUCAAACUGAUUCGCACGAAAAAGAAGACGAAGACAGUGAUUCCAAAAGCCCUGUGCAUUUGCCAGCAAAGGGCGAACUUAUUGUUAAUCCUGUUGCACAGGAUAUUGAUAGACGCGAGCAAUUACAAACGCUUGAUACUAGCAUCGAUGCAAUAAACGCUAAUGUUACUAAAGACGAGGUGGAAACAAUGUUUAACUCCAAAGACAGUAAAAUGGGAAACAAUGAUGGUGAAGAGACAAGUAGUGGGGGAAAGACCAGUAUAGACGGUAAAGGAAGACGGAAAAAGGAUAAAAAGAAUAUGACAAAGUUUAACUUCCAUAUGCGCACAAGUAGAAAACGUAAAGAGAAAUCAUCAUCUAGAAGAGAACGUAAAGCUACAAAAACUUUAGCUAUCGUUUUAGGUGUUUUCUUACUUUGCUGGUGGCCUUUCUUCACUGUGAACAUCAUGCGUGCCAUUUGUCUCCGCUAUCAACUCCUCAACUAUCCUACGUGCGACAUUGACCCCUACCUUAUGAGCUUCUUUGUGUGGCUUGGAUAUAUCAACAGCUUCCUAAAUCCCGUCAUCUACACCAUCUUUAACCCGGAGUUCAGAAAAGCAUUUAAGCGGAUCCUGACGGACUGCGUUCGUACAAGAUACUAAGGAAUCCGGAGAGAUAAUAAAACGGUUUUGUGACUGUGUUUAUUCCAUAAAAAAAUGAUAAUCAUUACCACGUGUUUAUAAACUCAUCACAAACAUUUUGCACGUUGCGCGGUGUAUCACAAAAUUAAUCUCCUAAAGACAUGUCCUAAAGACGUUUGCAAUGUGUAAUCAUAAAACUACGUGUAUAAGUUGUCAAAAUAUGGUUAUUUGCAUUCGUACGGUGUUGGCCUGGGCACAAUGACUAUAUUAUAUAUAAUCACGCUGUGUAGAUAGUUAGAUAACAUGAAGACACGUAAAUGCCAACUGUAUUUAAUUGUACUUGUUUGGAUGCUACGUCGAUCAUAUCUGCUAAACAUGUACUUUGUUCACGAAUUGUGGUUAAUAAAAGAGCAUAUCUGCAAUACAACA